AUGGAGGACCCACGAGCGCUUGCUCCGCCGGAGCCGGAGCCGGAGCCCGAGGCCACCCCGGCGCCGCCGCAAAGGCUGCUGCGGCUGCGCUGCGCGGUGCAGCACUACGAGUGGGGCCAGCGCGGAGCCGCCUCCCUCGUCGCGCGCCUCGCGGACCAGAACCCCGACCCAGCCCGCCCCUACGCCGAGCUGUGGAUGGGCACUCACCCGUCCGGCCCCUCCACGCUCCUCGGCGACGGCGCGCUCCUCAGGGACUGGCUCGCGCGGAACCCCGACGCGCUCGGCCCCGCCGUCACCGCGCGCUGGGGAGGCGACCUCCCAUUCCUCUUCAAGGUCCUGUCGGUGGCCAAGGCGCUCUCGAUCCAGGCGCACCCGGACAAGAAACUCGCCGAGGUGCUGCACGCGCUGCGGCCGUCCACCUACAAGGACGACAAUCACAAGCCGGAGAUGGCCAUCGCCAUCACGGAGUUCCGGGCGCUUUGCGGCUUUGCCGCUAUUGAGGAGCUCAAGGAUGUCCUGAGGACAGUUCCUGAAAUUGAAGGCCUAGUUGGGCAUGAAGAUACUGGCAAGCUGAUGAACAUGAAGGAGUAUUAUGGGGUUAGUGAAGUAAAGUCCAGUUUGCAAUCAGCUUUUGCUAAGCUAAUGACAGCAAGUAAAGAUAUGGUUUCUGAAGCAGUUGCAAAACUGAUCAAUCGCCUGAAUACUGACAGCAAGAUUAGGACCUUAACAGACAAAGAACAGCUGGUUUUGUCCCUGGAGAGACAAUAUCAAGACGAUGUUGGAGUUCUAGCAGCACUUUUCUUUAACUAUGUCAAGCUCAGUCCUGGUGAAGCCCUUUAUAUUGGUGCCAAUGAACCGCAUGCAUACCUCUCUGGGGAAUGCAUUGAAAUUAUGGCCACUUCAGACAACGUUGUACGUGCUGGUUUGACACCUAAAUACAUAGAUGUGCAAACUCUCUGCUCAAUGCUAACAUACAAACAGGCCUUCCCAGAAAUUUUGCGCGGAGUUCCUGUGCAGCCACACGUAAGGCGCUACACCCCUCCAUUUAACGAGUUUGAGGUCGAUUGCUGCUUGGUACCUCCAGGUGAACUGGUUGUCAUAUCCCGGGUACCAGGUCCAUCCAUCUUUCUCGUAAUGACCGGGGAAGGCAAGAUUCAGUUGGAUUCUAUGUCAAAUGGAGAAAAGGCAAAGGAAGGUGAUGUUUUCUUCGUCCCCGCAUACACUGAGGUUAAGAUCUCUGCGUGUGGCCCCGAGUCUGUGCAUCUGUACAGGGCUGGGGUAAACAGCAGAUUCUUCAGCUAA